AUGAUGGAAUGUCUUUGCCCUGCGCCUCGCACCCUGGCCUGCCGCGUUGUUCUCCUGGAUGAACGGGAGCUACUACACGAGAUUCAGGACAACAAUACUGGGCAAGCGUUGCUCGACGUGGUUUUUAGACAUCUAGAUCUCCUAGAGACAGCUUACUUCGGUCUCCGCUAUGUCGAUCAAGAUAACCAAACGCAUUGGCUAGAUGCAGGGAGAAAGUUGCGGCGCCAACUUCGAGGAUCUGAUUCACACACCUUUUACUUUGGAGUGAAGUUCUACGCGGCUGAUCCUUGCAAAUUAUUGGAAGAAAUCACAAGGUAUCAGUUGUUCCUUCAACUGAAGCAGGAUGUUCUGCGAGGCCGCCUGCCCGUCAGCUUCGACCUUGCUGCUGAAUUAGCUGCGUAUGUACUACAAUCGGAGUUGGGAGAUUAUGACCCAAGGAGGCAUGGCCCGGGCUAUGUAUCAGAAUUCCGACUGCUGUCACAUCAAACACCGGAACUGGAAUCACGAGCUGUUGAAAUUCACCGAACACUGACAGGCAUCUCUCCUGCGCAAGCUGAACUAAGUUAUUUAGAUAAAGUGAAAUGGUUGGACAUGUAUGGCGUUGAUUUACACCCAGUCUUGGGUGAGGACAGCGUGGAGUACUUUUUGGGACUGGCGCCAAGCGGGCUGUUGCUCUUACGCGGGAAGCAUACGGUCGCUAACUAUUACUGGCCUCGUGUUUCCAAAUUGUAUUACAGAGGAAGAUAUUUCAUGCUUCGUGUAGCGGACAAAAACAAUGAGACUUUGACUUACGGCUUCGAGUCACCAACGCGAGCCGCAUGUCGUCACCUUUGGCGCUGCUGCUCCGACCACCACACUUUCUUUCGACUGCAACAAACCUCACCGGCCUCAGCAGACAUGUUUGUGUUAGGGUCCAGAUUACGCAAUAGUGGCAAAGGAGCGAGGCCCCGACCACCGCCCACGUUUACACGGACUCCAUCGAGGCGUAUAUCGCGACCCCCUUCGUCUUAUUCGUCGUUACUGGAUGUGCCAAAGUUAGAAGACUUGAGAAUAAAAGACUGUCCUCCUGAAGUUAAACAACCUACCUCAGUUAACCGGCCUAACUCUAUAAGCGGCGAGGCGGCGGGCUGCGAGGCGGGCGGCUCCCCGCGCUCGACGCGCUCGGCUCCCGCGCGGCGCGGCCUGUACUCCGCCUCGCCCACCGCCACGCGGCCGCCGCCCGCGCCGCGCCACCGCUCUGCAUCCGUCGACUCGCAGAGCUCCAAUGAUUCUAGAUCAAAUCGCAAGCACCGUCACCGGUCUCGGCGGCAACAGUCAGACGCAGAAAGUGAAUUGUCGCGCGGCUCUGGUCGAUCCGGACGACGUCAUCGGCGACAUCGCUCGCGGCACAAACAUGACUCCGGCUCCGAGAAGGACGACUCGCAGCCUGACACGAAAGAAUACGAGUUGGUCGAUUCGGAAUCACAAUGGAAAGAGGUGCUUAGACAAACAAAUGCUGGUAGUGGUGUUCAAGUUGCAAGUGUUCGUCGGUCACAAAUGGAGCCCGAGAUUGGAACACAUCGUUCAUCUCAUAGACCACGUAGACAUAGAAAGCACCGAUCAAGAUCGGGGUCACCUAACGAGAAAAAAUGGCUGCCAAGCGAAUUAAAGCAGCAUCUCGAAUUUUCUCUAGUCGAUACAGCAGGAAUGACGGAAGAACAAUUAAAGGAGAUUCCUUACACCGUUGUACAAACAAGUCACGCACGUCAGACUAAGCUUCGAAACUCAUCUAAACAUAGGCAGGCUGAGAACGGGUCACUGUCAAGAAGGGAUAAAAACAAUACCUCACACAUAAAAAGCAGCCAUGAUGUACAUAAUCAAGGAUCGUUGCGGUCGAUUUCCAGCACUUUGAGCACACACAGAAACAACGAAAAACAUGGAAGACGACCUUUCUCAGGUUACGACGAACAGCUAGCCCGUUCUGGUGAAGACUUUUUGAACAACGGAUACAAGGGACCUGCUACACCAGUAUCUAACAACAACAACAACCCGUACAGUCCUGUAACCAACAGCAACAGUAAUAGCUCGAGUGGGGAACUGAUUUCUGGGAGCGCUCGAGUUUCACACGAGCACACUGAUUCUGGACUCGGCGCUGAUCAGGACUACGCGUACUCAUCGGAAAGGUCGAGCGACAGUGCGAAAUGCGGCGCGGGCGGUACGACAGUGCCAGUGAGUAGGCAGUGGAUGAUGGGUGUUGGUGGGACGGGGUACACAGGCGCGGGGCUCGCUAGGCGACCGCCCGCGGCGCCGCGUACUCGCAUGUCGGCGUCGGGCUCACAGCGCUCGCUGCUGUCGGUCGCCAGCGACAGCGCCACGUCGCGCCGCCCCCGCGAAAUCACACCGCGCGGCUACCCUCAUCCCGCCGACGGUGGCUUUUCUCUCUUCAGACAUGCUAGCAACAACAACAUAUUGGUCGGCGAGAGCGGAUCACUGGCGCGGCGGUACGCGCGGCCGUCGCGGGAGUCGCGGGAGGCUCGCGAUCACAAUGCGAACGUGGCGCGAACGCACGCGCGGCUCGCGCACCACGCGCACCACGCGCACGUGCGACACGACAACACACUCGACAUUAUCCUUAAGCCACUCAUUGAGAGCACGCAGUAA